AUGACAAUCGCUAAGAGAGCUCCAGCUCUGACACUUCUCCACAAGGGUAAUCCAUCUUCUCUCUAUUAUUCUCUGUUUGGGCGUGUCAUUGUGAGAACCCAGUUUUGCUCUUUGGCUAUCAAUCGUUGUCAUACUGUUGUUAGUGUUAUUGGUCCUAACCCUAAGGAAACCAUUGAUUUGGAUAAAUUGGUAGAAAUGCGUUGUAAAUCUGGUAAUCUUGGGUUAGAUGAAGCACUGGGUCACUUCAAUUCCGUAAUUCAAAUGAAUCCCAUUCCCUCGAUUUGGGCUGUUCAAUCAUUUGUUUGGGGCACUCUCCAAGAUGAAUCAGUGUUCCGCUGUAGUUUCUAUGUAUAA